CGAUAAUAUUUUGAUUUUAUACCAAGUGUUGUUAAUAUUUGUUAAAAAUGUAUCAAUCUUAUUAUUAUUUCUUUCGUCUAAUGUAAUACGACCCAAAUUGUUUGUUGAGUGUAAUUGUACAUUUUCUAAUUCAUGUAUCAGACAAAAAGAAUUGUAAUAUAAAAGACUACACUUUCCCUAAAAUUUUAGCUUUUGUUGUUUAAAAUGAAUAAUGAUACAACGGUGGACUACUCAAGCGGGUAUAAAAACCUCGAAAAUUCAGUAGAGAACGGCGCACAUUCUCUUAAAGAGAAUACUAACGUGAAUGAUGUAGAUACUCUCUUGAGUUGCAUAAACUUAUGGCAGAAGGAGAAUAAAGAAAAUUCAAAGCUUCAGAAGCUGGAUACUUUCAGGAACAUACCAACAAUUCCGUUCAAUUCUACAAACUCUUUGUUGAAACAUGAUAUUAAUAAAAUAAAUGGGUCUAUUAAUGAAGGGUUUAUGAAUUUGCUUGCAUUAAAACCUGACUUAGAAGAAGGGAAGAUUGCGGAAGAGGACUUGUAUAAGCACUCAUCCGGUUUAUACACCAACACAUUACUCAAUUUUGACCAUAAGAGUAUAAUUUCUAAUUUAAAUUAUCCCAUUGAUUAUUAUUAUGAUAAAUUGGAGCUUGCAGGCGAAAACGCCAGAGAUAACGCCAGUACCAAUGAAAAUUCCAGCGACGGCACAAUGGGGAAUGAGCAAUCGGAGUUUACAUCGAGAUUGAGAACUCAAACUCAGAAUCCAAAUAACCCAAAACUGUCAGAAAACUGUGAAUUUAGUAAUGCUAAUCAAUUUAAAAGCGUUGCUGCUACCGAAAGUGUCAAAAGCAACCCGAAACAUGUAGAGUAUAACAGUAUUAAUACAAAUAGUAAUACAAAUUAUGUAAAUUAUAAGUCUGCAAACUAUGAAAAUAAUAGUUUGCAAGACCAAGCAAAUGUAGAUGAUAAUUAUAUUGACGAAUUUAAAGGAAUGAUUGGAAAGUUCAUUAAUGGUGAAAACUACCAUGCUUCCAAUCACUUAACGAAUGUACCAAACAGAGGCUUUCAACACGAUAACAUAUUAACAAGUGAUAACGUUCUGAUUGAUAGAGACUUUGAUGAGGAUUUGGAGAAUGAAGAGAAUCCAAUAUUGUCAAUGUGGAACAGACAAGAUGCGAUAAUAACUGAGAGGGACAUACUUGUAUACGGCAAAAGCGAUUCCAAUUUGGAGCUGCUAACCAAUUCUUCAAACGAUAACAAGACUCCCCAAAAUAAUAUGGACAUGAUCAAAGAUGUAAGUGUCAACUGCCAAAUCGACCAGAUACUGAACAUCAAGGAGGAACCUGAGCCAGAGAAGAUAAGAGGAGUGUGCUUUUGUAAGAGCGACAACAGUUGGACCGCCUGGUGGACUGAGAAGGGCAAAAGCAGGAAAAAGGCCUUUAAACUUAGUCUCUACGGUUAUGAAGAAGCCAGAAAAAAGGCAAUUGAACACAGAUUAUACAUUGAGGAAAUAUUGCCUGAACUAAAGGAGAAGAAAUUUAAAACCGCCAAAAGGAAGGCCAGCACCAUGAGUACACCAACUACCUCCAUCAACUCAGUGAGUACAACAAACGUAACACCGAGAACCGACAAGGAUGAAGCACCUGCAAAGGAGGAAGGAAUAUUCAGGGGCACAAGAAAUAGGUCGAGAGAAAAGAAUGAAGAGAACGGAGUGUACUUCAAGGAUAACGUCUGGUAUGCCACUUGGAUUGAUCCGUUUGGAUUAAGAAAAGUCAACGCGUUCCCUGUAACCAAGGAGGUACCUUUCCUUGCAGCAAGGAAUAAGGCCAUUAGUGCCUACAAUAUGAACAACUUUGUUACAAAUGCUAAAAAUAAUCCCCAAAAUACUUACGUACAAAGUAACCUCAACCACCAAAAUUUCAUCACCCCCAAUAACCACUUCAAUAACUCUGAUAGAGUUAAUAGUCCAACCUUAAAUACCAUGAAUAAUGGCACCGACAGGCCUAAUAAUUACAAUGGCUUGAAUAGCAACUUGAUUUACGAGAUGUCGAAAAGGAGAAAGGUGAACAUGGACAGUUCAGUGGGCUCAAAAACCGAUGGUUGUGAAUAUUUCAAGAACAUGGAGAAGAAAAUUGAUGGUGACUUGGAAAGGGGCAAAGCAAGAGCAACUCAAUACUCUGGAACGGAAAAUGAGCCUGCGACAUCAACUCAAACGAGUCAGAAUCCCCAAAUAUUUCUCCAAAACGUUCAAGAAUAUAGAUUACCAGAGUCAGAGAAUGUACAACAACCCCCGGGGACAAACAAAAGAGCCGAAGCUAAGUUAAACUCACACCACUGCCAAAUCAAGUUGGAAAGGUCAAUACUUGAUGAAAUCGAAAAGGCUAUUAACAAAUCACUGGCCCAGAAUUCAAAUCAACCUUCUGAAAGCCAAAAAAUUAAUGGAAAUGGAAAUGGGUCAAGUGAGAAUAACAUAGAGAAAGUUAACGAGGAGGUUCAGUCUCCAGAUAACCACCGCCAAGAAGGUGACGAGACGCUCACAAAUGAUCAGGAAGAAAAAUCAGGGAAGUUUUUUGAAAAUGUAAAUGCACUUUGCAUCUCACACGCCGGCUUGGAUAAACAGUUCUCAGUUAGCAUUAUUCCAACUUACAUCCAAGGACCACAUCAAACACAACUUCUAACUUUUGUCAUUUUAAAUUCAUAACUUUAAUAUAUUAUGCUUUUA